CUCAAGGUCAGGGCGUUUGUCACGAAUUUGAGUCUUUCAGUAGAUCCACUUUUAGCUAGUUUGACUGAAGUUAUAUUACAAGUAAUACGCACUGACAAUGUUGAAGCCCGAAACAAAGAUUGCAGUCAAGUUAAUGAUCUUGUCUAUAUUUGUCCAUUUGUGGUCGCCAGGCUUUCAGUUUCUUUCGAAUCAGUUCACUUACUAUAGAUUUCUGACGGAUGCAGGUUUGCCUUAUGAACCACCCACAGAAAAUAAAUCCCUUCCUGAUCCAGAUAAGGAACUGAGAGAUGAAGUUCAAAAGAAGACAGCACAUUUUGUUCCACUAUUGAACAUUGCUCUAUUGCUCCCCGGAAUCGUGUCAUCAUUUAUCAUUAGUUCUCUCUCUGAUCAUUAUGGUCGACGUCUAGCAAUGGGAGUUUUAUUUAUCGGUUUAACCUCGAAUGUAAUAAUCUCAUCCUUUGUAAUUUUGCUCGAACUGAAUAUAAACUUUUUAAUUCUGGCAUGUUUAAUGUCUGGUUGUUUCGGCGGCGGAUUGCUGUCAUACUCAGGUCAGAUAGCAGUUUGUUGUACUGAUAUUACAAAUAUUCCCAGUGAAGAAGAGCUGGUGCUAGUUAACUCUGAAAAUAUACAGGCAUCAAUGGAACGCCGUCGUCUUCUGUAUUUGGGUGUUUACGAUGCUAUUUGCGUUCUGUCAUCAGCUGCAGCAAUCACUGUCACAGGUGUGCUGAUUGACCACUACGGAUUUGUAGCAACAUGCUUAGUACUACUAUCUCUUUGUGCUUUGUCCAUGGGUAUUCUGUGGUGUGUACCGGAAACUCAGCUUAUUAAUGUCCAAGUGAAUAGCCCUCCAGUUGUUGGUGAUAAUCUCGGUGCUGAUGCAUCUCCGUAUGUAGAUGUCAAUCACAGUGAUGUUCAUUUUCUUUCCAGUGACCAGUUAGAAUCAAAUAUUAAUAGAUGGCUGUCAAAAUUAACUUCGAUGUUUCGUUUUGUCCGUAAUGCCAAUGUGACUACUAUUUUCAUCAUUGUAGUUUUGUUUUUAACAACUCUAACUACCUACGGUGAAGGGCAGUAUACAUUUUUGUACCUUAUGGGACCUCCAUUUAAUUGGUCAGUGGAUCAGUAUGGAUAUUAUAGUGGGAUUAGUAAUGCUCUUCUGGGUUUGCUGAGUUUUAUACUGAUUAUGUUAACCAUUCAUUGGAUGAAAUUAGUUAAACAACCUCAACCGAGUGAAUCUACAUAUGAACCACUUCUUACCAACCAAUCAGUUCCAAGCUACAAUUCUGUACAUGAAGUUGAUUCGAUUGAAUUUACUAGAAAUAGGAGAGCAAUCAAUCGUAUUAUCCAGAAUCAAGUAUUACGUGCUCGUCGUCGUACGAUUAAAUAUGCAUUACUUGGAAUGUUCUCAAUUGUUGUUAGUAAACUCCUCAUGGGGAUAGCCUACUUGUUCUCUUAUCCCGGCCACAAUAUUUUGAUAUUCGUUAGUCUAAUCGUUUGUACUUUUAGAUCAGCUGUUGUACCAGUACUGAAAUCAUUUGUAUCAACUCUUUACAAGUCUAGAUUACAAAGUCGUCUAUUUUCUGUGGUUGCUGCAUCCGAAUACUUGGGUCUUUUAACUGGUAUGGCAACACUGCCUUUUAUUUAUGCUGCUAGUGUCAGUUACUGUUCCGGUACAGUGUUCAUUGUAUCCUCAGGUUUGGCGUUGAUUGCUUUUGUACUGUUACUGUGAGUGAAGUUUUAGCAUAACUCCCCAAGUGAUGUUAAUUUAACGAUUAAAACUGAAAAUAUUUUUUCAAAUGUGUGAAUAUCUGUCUGUAUUAAAUGUGAAAGUAAUGUUGGAAAAGAAUUCUGGGAUUAGUGCUGACCUGUGAUUAAAUAUACACCAAAGUAAAUAGAAAAAUCGUCAAAAAAGCCUGAUUUUUAAAAUACAGUUAUUUGAACUGCAAGGCGGUUUCGGAGAAGUAAUGAUGGCGUGAAUUUAAAAACACCUUCAAGUACAACUGGCCAUGGGACUAAAGAAGCAAACCUUGUCGGGGCAGAGAAGGCAACAGAAAAACUGGUCGUCUUGAAGACUCUAUUGAAAAAUUGAGCGAAAGCUGCCUGCGACAUUUUGUUUGGAGUCUACGUAGAGACGUCGAUGGAGAAGACUAUUAGGUCGUCGGUGUCAGAGUUCGACAACGCGACAGACAGACAGACCAGACAAGUUGCAGAAAUCUAGGAGUGUACGGGCGUGAUGCAUACGAUGGUCUUCACUUCUCCUUGUUGCAAAUUAAUCUACCGUUCCAUCAUCAAUCAAGCUUAUUGCAGAAGACGUCACCAGUAUACUACUUAUAAACUCUUGUCCGUAGCACAUGCCACACUAAUAUCCAUUAGUAAUUUACUCAUUCAUUUUAGCGUAUACAAGUGACUUUUAAACUAUUAAUAGUGGUAUUCUUCCACCAACCUUAUCCAUUUGGAUUAUGACGUGUCGUUUAAAGAAAGGCAUGGUAGUAGGAAAUUCAACUGUACGAAUUAGAAAUGUCCAGCAAUGUUGAUGACAGUAACUCUAUUGUUAUCUGUACUUUCCUAAUUCUAAUCGGUAAAAAUUUUUAUUUCUUUUUACUGUUCCUUU